AUUGGUUGAUCUCCCUCCGGGAUGUAAACCUUUGGGAUCCAAGUGGAUUUUUAAACGUAAAAUGAAACCAGACGGUUCCAUUGAUAAGUAUAAGGCCAGACUUGUAAUCAAGGGAUACAAGCAACGCGAGGGCCAUGAUUACUUUGACACGUAUUCUCCCGUGACGAGAAUAAAUUCCAUUAGGAUGAUACUAGCGAUUGCCACUUUGCGGAAUUUGGAAGUUCAUCAAAUGGACGUAAAAAUCGCUUUUCUAAAUGGCGAUAUAGACGAAGAAAUCUAUAUGGAACAACCCGAGGGUUUUCGUGUUCCAAGCCAAGAAAAGAAGGUUUGUAAAUUAAUUAAAUCAUUGUAUGGAUUGAAACAAGCCCCUAAACAGUGGCACGAAAAGUUCGAUCAUGCAAUGUUAAUUAAUGGGUUUAAAAUAAACGAAAGUGACAAAUGCGUCUAUGUGAAAAGCACGGUAGACGGCUAUGUCAUUUUAUGUUUAUACGUGGAUGAUAUACUCAUCGUGGGUAGCAAUAAUCUAAUGAUUAAUUCUACCAAAAGCAUGUUAAAUUCUAAAUUUGACAUGAAGGAUAUGGGGCUGGCCGAUUUAAUCCUUGGGAUUAAAAUAAUUAGAGGACCUGACGGUCUAACGCUAAGCCAAUCCCAUUACGUUGAUAAAAUCCUUACUAAAUUUAAUAAGGAUGAUUAUCAAGAGGCAAGGACGCCAUUAGAUAAAAACACUCAUCUUACCAAAAAUCGUGGAGAGUGUAUUUCUCAAGUAGAAUACGCUAGGAUUAUUGGAAGUUUGAUGCAUCUAAUGAGUUGUACCAGGCCUGAUAUUGCCUUUGUGGUUAGUAAGCUAAGUAGAUAUACUAGCAACCCCGGUGCUGAACACUGGAAGGCAAUAAUACGGGUUUUGAGGUAUUUACGUAAAACCCAAAACCUUGGACUGCACUAUGGAAGAUAUCCAGCUGUACUUGAAGGGUAUAGCGACGCUAGUUGGAUAUCCGACAUAAAGGACUCUAAGUCCACAAGUGGAUAUGUUUUCACUUUGGGAGGUGCAGCCGUGUCAUGGAAAUCCUCGAAACAAACGUUAAUAGCUAGAUCCACGAUGGAAUCUGAGCUAAUAGCCUUGGAUAAGUGCACUGAAGAGGCUGAAUGGCUACGCCAUUUUCUCGAGGAUAUUCCAAGUUGGGAGAAGCCUGUCCCUCCAAUAUGCAUACAUUGCGAUUGUCAAGCGGCAAUUGGAAGGGCACAGAGCAAUCUCUACAAUGGUAAGUCUAGACACGUUCGUCGUAGACAUAACACCAUUAAACAACUCCUCACAACGGGUGUUAUCACUGUUGACUACGUGAAGUCAAAGGAUAACAUAGCAGAUCCGCUAACCAAGGCAUUGGAUAGAGAAUUGUUGGAGAAGUUGUCACGAGGAAUGGGACUAAAGCCCGUGAAUUUAAAAGUUCUAUAGUGGAUACCCAACCUAGUUGGUCCUAGGUUCAAAAGGGACAACUAAAUUAUAGAGCGAAGGAUGGUCACUGUGGGGGUCCCGGACUCCUACCCACUCCUCGUUAAAACAGUGACUCCCGCACGAGGUUAGCAAAAACGUUUGCUUUAAUGAUUCUAAAAUGUUGAUCUACUCGAUAACAUUGGAAGAGUAUGCGGGAUACUCGUGAAAGAAUCACCUAUGUGAGAGAGAAGAGGGCCGCUUCAAAGGAGAACUGUAAAGGCUCAGUUCUUUAGAAACUCUUGCAGAACCAGGACGGUGACCCAUGGCCAAAACGGGCACACCCAUGAGAACGGAACAAAGUUGGAAGGUUCUUGUGUAAAGAUAAGUCAAUGUUUACACGACGGCAGUAUAGUUCAAGGACAUCGAGUCUACUAGACAGCCAGUAAAUAAACGUGUCUUUACAACGGAAGGUUCAAAGGAUAAAACCUACCUCUCCGUAUGCAAGGAUCAUCCGGUGAACACAACGUGUCCUCCUAUCUUCGUGUCUUUUUAAGUCUCGAAAAUCAAUUUUCAUUCAUGUGGGGGCUUGUUGGAAAAAUGUGUUAAAAAUUGCAUUAAAUGGUCAUUUUGGGGCAAUUAUUUGAGUGGGGUCCACUUCCGAUUUGGGUCGGGUCAAAGUGGUUUCGGAUUGUCCUUGUUAAGGGCUACAAUUCGAUAUAUGGUACGCUCAAAACGGAUAACGGGUGAAUGAGAAAUUGAUUCUCGAAGUUCGCUCGUUGUAAUGGAAAAACUGGGAAAAUGAUGAGUUUCUAGUGUGUUUUAUCCCACACCGAAAAACUCAAAGGAUUUUCACCCCCUUUUAAAGGGAAGCCUCUUUUAAGGAGUUAAGAUUCCUAAAGGGAAAGGCUCUCUCUUACGCGCAGGGGGGGGGGGGUGGCGAUCAAAUCCCGAAACGGAGAAGAAAAACCGCGACUCGUGUGCGCGGGCGACCUGCGGACACGCAUGCCGUCCAAAAAUCUAUUUCUCAAAUCUAUUUCUUCCCGAACGUUUUUUUCCCAGAAGAGCUCCGGACAGAAGGCCUCGAACAGAAACCCUCCAAGGGAGUUCUGUUGGCUUCGGACAGAAGGCCUCGAACAGAAACCCUCCAAGGGGGUUCUGUUGGCUUCGGACAGAAGGCCUCGAACAGAAACCCUCCAAGGGGAGUUCUGUUGGCUACGGACAGAACCCCUCCAAGGGGUGUUCUGUUGGGGUCUUCUGUCACGCAUUUCUUCCGUUACAACAAUUAAUGCUCAACGUUCUUCUCUUUUAAUGCAGCGUUAAAUGGACAGUUUAUGGACGAUUCAAUGCCCAACGGACUGGUCAUUGAUGUCCAACGUUCAGGUCCAUUAACACCCCAUUUAACACACAACAAAUCCUCCUAUAAAUAGCUGGCAGGUGCUUUGCAACAAACACACGGUUUGACAACGCACAACACUUUCCUCACGUUUUCUUGAGCUAAAAACUCUUCCAGCUUUUCCCAAAUUUCCUCUGUGUUCAUACUUGGUUCUCGUUCGCUGGAACUCUUGUUUGUGUGCUCAAACACUAGUUCGUAGUCAUCGUAUCCUGGGAAACGAUUGUUGCAACGCUCCUAGCACCGUGGGAGGCAACAAAUACGUUUUAAGGAAAUCGUGCGUAGCACGAGCUUUGGCUAAUUCUGCUUCAUCUCCUUUUCUUGUUUUUCUCUAGUCAUUUUAUUUAAUUGAUUUAUUUAAUUAAUUUUCUUUAUUUUCCGAAACACACCCAACAAAUAAUACAGUUAGAUGGAACUAAAAGCAUACUUCACUCAAUUUUAUACUAUUAUAGCUUACCGCAUAGAGAUUAUCACAAUAAAAUUUUAUCAAGGUUUAAUUUCAGGUAUGAGAGAUGGUGUACUAUUUUGUGCCUUAUGUUUCAAGAAAUUUUGAGGUAAAACCUUGCAGCACAGAAGUUUCACUCCCUUGCAGGGGAAUAGGCGGGUACAAUUGGCCUCACUUUAUCCUAUCAUGUUGCGAUUUGCCAAUCCGGAACCAUUCUCAUCAGAAGAGAUUGAUGAAGUACAAACUCGUCGGGCAUCAUAUUUCUUAGAAUUGACGCAAUCCAUCAACGACACAUGAUGAACAUGUUUGUUUAAGUUUUUGAGUGAUGAUGAGACUUGUAACUUUAUACAAUGUGUUACUACUCUAGACUUUUGCAAGGAUUGUUUUAUUUUAGCUUAUUAGUAUGUACUAAGUUGUUACUUGAACUUGUUUAACAUUUGUGGAAGAAUUGAAAAAUAGCUUGUGUUAUUGUUUUAGAUGGAUCAAGUGAACAUGUGAA